GGCUGGUUUCCACAGCAGCACGAUUCCAGCCUGCCACCGAGGGCUGUCCAAGCCCUCCUCUCGGCAGAGCACCUCCACGUCCCUCUCUGGGGCAGGAAUCCUCUGGCCUUGCCCUCUCCUUCAUUUUCCUGAGUCUGACUCAGCCCCACGUUCCUGGCCCAGGCCACCACCUACCCUCAUCUGCAGGAGAAACCCAGGCAGCCGAGCCCUGCUCCAAGCCCUGGCUGGUGGGAAGGCUGCUCUGGGCUGGGCCUGCUGACCCUUGACCCCUGACCUGCAGUGAUGUCACAGCAGCUCCGCGACAACCACCCCCAUUCUGGCGACUCCCUGGAGCAGGGACGACAGGGAGAGAGGGGCAGCAAUGCCCUCAGUGUGAGGCUGUGCAGGCCACAGCUCCCUCCUCCCGCAGGCAGAAUGGAGAAGGAUCCAACCACACACAGGAGGCACCGGCCAGGCCCUGGGGCCCUGCCCUCAGGAGUGGCCCCUGGACAUCUCAAGGCAGCCAGUGAGGGGACCGAGCUCCAGAGGAGCCGGAGCAUGGGUGGCUUGCACCAGAAGGGAGACCCCCCAAGCCGCAUCAGGAAGCUGCGCAGGGAGCCAGAGUCUGAAGACCAGGGGCAAGACCCAAGGAGGGAUGCAGAUGAUACCAUCUGUCAGGCAAAUCUAGAGGAAGACAGGAAGGAAAAGAAUCAGGAUGCCCUGGGAAGCCUGGGCCACGAAUGUGGGAAAACGGAGUCAGAGGUUGAGAAGAGCGACUCAGAGACCAGCACCAAGGAGGAGCAGGCAGGAGCAUGUGCAGGCAGCGGCGUCCUGGAGGCUGAGGAACAAGAGCUGGACUCCACGAAGCUGAAUGAUCUGGAAAAAGAGAAACCAUCUGCAUUUGUGGAGAUUGACCUGGGAGAUCAUGCCGAGGAGGUGACCACCUGUGCUGUGAGAGAAGAGAAGUGGGGCGAGAUGGACAUCGGGGACUUGUCAGAAGACGAGACCAGGACCAGCUGGGUGUGCUGUAUCCCUUACCCCACCAAAAGGAAGGCGAAGGGGUGUGCAGCAGCCCUGGAGAAGGACCCCUCGGACCCGGCUCCCAGGGACUCUCUCGGCAUGGGCCAGAGCUGAGAAGGAGGGUGAGAGGAAGCGGUGAUGCCAGAGGCUCCCAACCCUCCCCCAGAGUGCAGCCCUGAGACCAUCGGCCGAAGCCCUGGACACUGGGCGCCAUGUCCUACUUCAAAAGACACAGGCUCUUCAUCUCCAGUCGGGUUCCCCAAUCCCAGCUGCCCAGAAUCCACUUCUGCUGUUUGGAGCUGUACCCAAGAUCUGAUGUUUUACCACAAGGCAGAAAAGCAAGGGGAAGCAAUUUGUGACCGUGUGUUUUCCUGUGUGGAGACCCUGGGAUAUGAGGCGUAUCUGUCGGAUGCUUUCAGCUCAGCCAAGAGCAGCCUUCUUCCAGAGACAAGUUGGGAAGUACAAGGACCUGGGUUGGCAG